CCCACGAAGCGUCACCAUGCUCUCUAGCUCCGACACCUGCUAUAUUGAGGAUUUUAAAGUUGGAAAUCUGCUGGGUAAAGGCUCGUUGGCUGGUGUCUACAGAGCUGAGUCCAUUCACACUGGUUUGGAAGUUGCAAUAAAAAUGCUUUAUAACUAUUUUGAAGAUAACAAUUAUGUCUACCUGGUCUUAGAAAUGUGUCAUAAUGGAGAAAAGAACAGGUAUCUAAAGAACAGAAUGAAGCCUUUCUCUGAAAAUGAAGCUCGACAUUUCAUGCACCAGAUCAUCACAGGAUUAUUGUAUCUUCAUUCUCAUGGUAUAUUACACCGGGACCUCACACUUUCUAAUCUCUUACUUACUCAUAAUAUGAAUAUCAAGAUUGCUGAUUUUGGGCUGGCAACUCAGUUGCAAAUGCCACAUGAAAAGCACUAUACAUUAUGUGGUACUCCUAAUUACAUUUCACCAGAAAUUCUUCGGCGAGCCCAUUCCUCUGAUAGAUCAAGCAGUUCUAAUAGUCAGUCUCGAACAAAACCAUGUAUGAUGGACCGAUGUCACUCAGCAGAAAUGCUGUCAAGGUCCAAAAGAUCAGGAGUGGAAGAAAAUGAAGAUAAAGACAAUAUUUUCCACUUCUUUAAAGAGAAAACAUCCAAUGGUUCUGGAUCAUGUGAAAGACUGGAUCAUCAUCGAGCACUCUCCAAUCACCUCUGUCCAGGAAAAACUCCAUUUUCUGACCAAAUACCUCAGACUGAAAUGGUACAGCAAUGGUUUGGAAAUCUGCAACUGAAUGCUCAUUUAAGAGAAACUACUGAGCACAACAGCAUUACCCCAAAUGGAGAUUUCCAGGGCCAUCCAGAUGUGCAGAGCACAACAACAAACGCCUGGGCUGGUACAAGAGCCAGAAAAGGUUCCGAUGCUUCUGAAAAUACACAUUUUGUAAAACAGCCGAAUGUGAGCAUACUUGAUUCAGAGGAGGUGUGUGUGGAGCUUCUAAAGGAGCAUGCAUCCCAAGAAUAUGUGAAAGAAGUUCUUCAAAUAGCUAGUGAUGGAAAAAUGAUCACUGUUUAUUAUCCAGAUGAUGGAAGAGGCUUUCCUCUUACUGAUCAGCCACCCUCACCUGCCAGUAGCAUCACUAGGUACAGUUUUGACAGUUUACCAGAAAAAUACUGGAAAAAAUACCAGUAUGCUUCCAGAUUUGUACAGCUCGUAAGAUCUAAAUCUCCCAAAAUCACCUAUUUUACAAGAUAUGCUAAAUGUAUUUUGAUGGAGAAUUCUCCUGAUGCUAAUUUUGAGGUUUGGUUUUAUGAUGGAACAAAGAUACACAAAACAGAAGAUUUUAUUCAAGUGAUUGAAAAGACUGGGAAAUCUUGCAAUUUAAAACAUGAAAAUGAAGUUAAUGGACUGAAAGAGGAAAUAAAAAUUUAUAUGGACCAUGCUAAUGAGGGUCAUCGUAUUUGUUUAGCACUGGAAUUUAUAAUUUCAGAAGAGGAAAAGAAAAGUAGAAGUGCACCCUUUUUUCCCAUAAUUGUAGGAAGAAAACCUGGUUGUAUUAACUCACCUAAGGCUUUACCAUCUGUGGAUUCAAACUGCUCCAUUAAAGACGAACCAUCUUUAAAUAAAUUGGUCUUGAGCAGUGCUGUCUCUCCAGCACAGGCCCCAGUACUUAAUCCUUCCGUAGUUACACCUGAAGGACUUGGUCAUACUGCUAUAGCUUCAGGAACAAACAUCCCUUCCAGCAAUCCAAAAGAUUGUCUUCCUAAAUCAGCGCAACUCUUAAAAUCUAUUUUUGUGAAAAACGUUGGUUGGGCUACACAGUUAACUAGUGGAGCUGUGUGGGCUCAGUUUAAUGAUGGGUCACAGCUGGUAGUCCAGGCAGGAGUGUCUUCUAUCAGUUACACAUCACCAAACGGUCAGACAACUAGGUAUGGAGAACACGAUAAGUUACCAGAAUACAUCAAACAGAAAUUACAGUGUCUUCGUUCUAUGCUUGCAAUGUUUUCUAAUCCAACUCCUACUUUUCUUUGAUUAAAACUCCUUUUUGAUAAUCUGCAUUUCAUAAAUAGCUAUUUGGCUGGCUUUCAAAUAAAGUGACUUUUUAAAUUUAAUAUAACUUCUUCAGAAAGCCUUUCUAUUAAAACGAAUUUAAAUCUGUACCAUAAAGGAUAUGGGCUGAGAACAAAGUUGAAUGAAAUUUGAGUCACUUAGCAAAUACAGUGAUCAUAAAGUAAAACAGGAUGCCUAACUUUGCUCUGAGGGUAUAUACCUGCAAUUUAAUCUGUUCAUAUAUAUGUACUGAACUUUUAAGCAAACAUAAAUGGUGUGUGAUGUGUUUGUAUUUUUACUGUUUUCCUUCUCAGACACUGAGAAUCAUGGAUAAAACAUGCUGUGGUUUGGGAAUUUUUGACAUGUAAAUAAUGUGUAUUUAUGUUUUAAGUAACAUAUAAACAUGUAUAUUUGUUUUAUAUUUAUUUUUGUAGCA